CUUUUAUUUUUUGUUGCCUUGUGAUAAAAGUAAAAUAGUUUGCAGCUUUUGCUCUUUGUGCCUGACAUUCGUCAAGAAUCCAAUUAAAUGCAUCAGGUGUAGAGAGAGAGAGGAGAGAGUGAGUGUACUCAGUGCCUUUGACUGCAGCUAUCAGUAGCCCCCUCAAUUAUUUGCAGAGUUCAAUUAUGUUGGCUGCUUUGCUUGCUUUGCCGUCGACCAUGCUGAAUGCUCUACUCAAUGGCUUUGGUUGCAUUAUGCGCUACGCCUACGCCUCCAAAUGGGGCAUCAUAAUGUUCAGCGUUUUCAUGGCUCUGGUGCUGGUGCUGCAUUUGAAAUCGACCUUCAUUAUAUUGAGUCAGCUGUGUGAGCCGUCGCCGCCGCCGCCGCCUCUGCCCGCCCAACAAACUGCAAGCAGCAAAGCUGCACUUUCAGCAAUUAAUAUACAAAUCAGCGAUGUGCAGCUGCGGGCGCAUCAACAGCAGCUUAGCUGGCACUACUAUGACGAGCUGCCGCCGGCCAUUUUGUUGGAGAACAAUGGCAGCGUCGUUAUAAUGCGCAUAUCUUGUGCGCCACGCUCGUUGCCAUAUCUAAGCGGUGGCGAGCUAGCCGGACGCUAUUACUUUGUGGAGGCCGCCUUCAAGUGGUGCCGCUCUGAGCACGCAAUUGAUUCGUGCAAUUAUGCGCUGGAGCUGCAAGUGUUGCAUGCCACCAAUCGUCGCAAUGCGCCCUUUGAGUACCUAACGCUCUGCUAUCUGUUUAGCCUGGCGCCGAUGAAGCCCACGCCACUGGAUCAAGUGGUGGCGAACUUGCCGGCGAUUAAGCAGCCAGGCUCAGUCACUGAGCUGCCACCGUUUGAUCUCAACUCGCUGCUGUAUCCUUUCACCAGCGAUUAUUAUAGCUAUAGCGGCAGCUAUGCCAAUGGCAACACCAUCCUGUCCACUCAGUGGUUCAUCUGCUCGCGCAUUUUUACCAUCAACUCGGAGCAAUUGGCGCAGUUUUGUUCGCUGCGUGUUGCCAAUGGUCAAACUAAAAUUGUCAAAAAUGCGCAACAACAAAAAAUUCAAUUCAACCCGUAA